AUGGCCCCCUCUCGUUUUGGUCUUGCGUCGAUAUGGCCUGCUUUUCUCGCUUUGGUUCUUUUGUUGCAACAUGUGGACGCCGCGGCGAUGCAGAAACGCGCCGAGGAGGCAGGUUUGGGACCUUUGGCGCCAGAUACACCGGAAGUCAUGGCAAUCACGCACAAGGCCAAUGCUAAGAUGGGCUUGGACGAGGCGCCGGACGUUGCGAUGCAGAGAAUCCAUGACAGAUACAUGCAGAACAUCUAUGCAGACAUGGCACCAGGCUGUACCAAGGACAACAUCGCUGUCAGGAAGGAAUGGAGCGACUUGAGCGAUGAGAUGAAGAGGAGCUUUAUUUCCGCGUGCCACUGCAUGGCCAACUUGCCAGCCAAGACAUCGAGGACCUGGGCUCCCGGUGUGAGGAACAGAUGGGACGACUGGGUAGCACCGCAUAUCCACAACUGGCGCGACAUACACUUCUCGGUAUGGAACGCCAUCUGGCACAGGAAAUUCGUCGUGAAUAUGGAACGGGCACUACGGCAAGAGUGCGGCUACAUUGGAUACAUGCCAUUCUUCGAUUGGUCCAGAUACGUCGGGAUGGCACCAGAGGAUUGGCCCUUGUUCGAUGGCUCGGACACGUCAAUUUCCGGAGAUGGCGAUCACAGGAGCGAGACCUGUAGCUUUGUGACCACGGGACCUUUCCAGAACUGGACUGUUAACAUGGGCCCUGUUCCUGGAACAACAGUCUGUAUCGACAACCCGACCGAAGAUGGGCUGGCGUACAAUCCUCGACCUUUGGAGCGACAGUUCGACUCGGGCAUGUUGCAGAACUUGACGUAUGAGAAGGUCGCCGCGACGAUUCAAAAUGUCGAGGAUAUGAACGAGUGGGUACUCCGGAUCGAGGCAAGAGGUGUAGGCCUCCACUCCAUGCCUCACGCUUUCAUGGGCGGGCUCCAGGCGAACAUACCAGCUUCUGCCGGUGACUGCUGGUUCUUCCUGCACCAUUGCAUGCUUGACCGCAUGUGGAGCUUCUGGCAGCUGCAGGAUCCUGCGAACCGAUUAUACCAGAUCGCGACCAACCAGCACGAGUUCGACCCCUUCCGUACCGGCUGGGAACCCGCUCCUCCCAUUUCGCUGGAUGCUACGAUCCACAUCUCGGACAUCUUCCUCGACGUCAAAGUUCGAGAUGUGAUGAGUACGACGCAAGGCGACCUCUGCUACAUGUAUGAAUGA